AUGGCGACCGACGGCCAAGAAGUCGAUACUGAAAUAAGAAGUCAAGAAGGUGCAUUAGAAGCCUCAUAUAUCUAUGUGAAAGUUCUUGGACGUGGUGCCUUUGGCGAAGCAAAUCUGUACAGGAAAACCGAAGAUAAAAGUUUAGUGGUAUGGAAGGAAGUAAAUCUAGCCAGGCUGCAUGAAAAAGAGAGAAGAGAUGCCCUCAGUGAAGUGGAUAUAUUAUCAUUACUUAAUCAUGCUAACAUCAUUACAUACUACAACCAUUUCCUGGAUGGGGAAACUUUACUCAUAGAAAUGGAAUAUGCCAAUGGAGGAUCAUUGUACCACAAAAUUGCUGAGCAAACAGAACUGUUUUCUGAAGAGGUUGUACGAUGGUACUUGUUCCAGUUAGCUUCUGCUUUAUCACAUAUACAUGGCUAUGACAUUAUUCACAGAGAUGUGAAGACAUUAAAUAUAUUUAUGAGUAAAUCUAGCUUGUUGAAGCUUGGAGAUUUUGGAAUAUCAAAGGUUUUAGAAACAGAAUCCAAGAUGGCUGACAGCGUUGUUGGGACACCAUAUUAUAUGUCACCAGAGAUUAUACAAGGUGAAAAAUAUGACCAUAAAACAGAUAUAUGGGCCCUUGGUUGUGUAUUAUAUGAACUUCUAACAUUUAAAAGAGUCUUCCAAGCAACUAAUCAACUACGUUUAGCUUACGAGAUAGUGAAAGGUGAUUAUGAGGACAUUAACCCACAGUAUUCUCAGGAAAUCAAAGAUCUAAUCAAGUCUACUUUACAGAAAAAAUCAAAAGACAGACCAUCGUCAGAUGAAAUAUUAUCUAGUUCUAUAUUUACGAAAGAAAACAGCAAUGAAGAUAUGAAGAGAAAAGUUUGGGAAUUGAACACGCAAUCUAGACGACUAAGAUUACAGUCCGUAGCUUCAACUGAAACCGUACCUAUCAUCAAAUCAAAAUCUAGUGAGGUGUACCAGUGGGGAGGUGGGAAGUUUACUCCACAAAAACAAGAUAUAUUUACUAAAGGCAAAAGUGCAGUGCAGGUAGCUGUUGGAAAUUCCCACUUUGCUGUUGUUACCAUGGAGAAAGAACUGUAUACAUGGGCAAAUGUACAGGGCGGGACAGAGAUUGUAGGACAGUUAGGUCAGGGGAACAAAUCUGCAUACAAAGCCCCACAGAAAGUUGAAGGACCAAGUGGAGCAGGUUUUAUUCAGGCAGCUUGUGGAGAGGACUUUACACUGGCUGUUACAGAUGAAGGCCAGGUUUAUGCUAGUGGGUCAGAUUAUUAUGGCUGCCUUGGUGUUGACAAUGAAGAAGGUGAUUCUGUACUUUCUCUGAUACCAAUAAAUUUCUUCAGCAGCAGACCUGUGGAAGAGAUAUCCUGUGGUGACAACCAUUGUGUGGCACUUACAAAGGAAGGAGAUGUCUAUACAUGGGGAUGUGGAGAGUUUGGUCGACUUGGUUUAAACAGUGAAGAUGACUACUUUUCACCUCAAAAGGUGAAAACCCCAGGAAAGCAUUUGAUUAAGCAUGUAUUAGGAGGAAGUGAAGGGACAUUCUUAAUUACAACAACUGGUCGUGUUCUGGCUUGUGGUAGUAAUGAACAUAAUAUUCUAGGAUUUAAUUCAGAAAUGUCUGGACUACGGAAGAGAAAACAGAGUUAUGAUAUCCCAUGUAAAUACACCUUCAGCACAGUAAAACCAUUAGUACGCUAUAAUAUAGUCUCCAUAGCAACCAGUAACACACAUUCAGCAGCCAUAGAUAUGUUUGGACAUCUAUUGACCUUUGGUUCUAAUAAACAUGGACAACUUGGUGUGGGAGAUUAUAGGAAAAGAUUACAUUUGGUGAAAAUUGGUGGUGAAUUGACCGGAAAACAAGUAUUAAAUGUGGCAUGUGGUGAUGGCUUUACUGUUGCAGCUACUAGUGACAAUGAAGUUUAUUCCUGGGGUAACGGUGAAAAUGGAAGACUAGGUGCUAAAUAUGAUGGGAAAGGUCCCAACAGUAUGUGUACAGCAUUCCCCAGACCUGUGUUUGGAUCUCUGCAUGAUGUACCUAAUCUGGCAGCCAGACACUGGCAUACUAUCAUUAUAGCAGAAAAAGUAUUAAACCAGAAAACUAUAAGAAGUAGAAUAUCCUCUCCAAGUUUUGUGUUACAUUCACCACCCAUUAUAACAGAAGAGGACAGUGCUUAUUGUGAUGGAGCCAGUGACAUGUCUAGUGAGGGCACAUUAGAUUGUGAUACUGCAAAGGAUUCUGGGAAGCCUGGCAGCCCCGUUAUGCCCAGUGAAGUAUCCCAACUCCCUGUGGAAACAGCAGAAAGUGAUCUUCCUGAUUGGCUGAAAGCUGAAUUAGAUGACGCUGAAGUAAUACCCUAUCCAGUAGGCAACCAACCCCCCAUCCCACCACUCCCUAUCAAAACUGCCAGUAUUAAAUCAAAUCAACAAAAACCAGUAACAAGUAACCAGCAGACGUCUGUCACCAUGCCAGCAGAGGUCUCCAAAUCUAGUGAAAGUGUUCAACAAAAUGAAAUACCAGAUCAUAAAGAAAAUUCUUCAGUUAAUAAUACAACAGAAAGUUCAGUGGCAAUAGAUGUCAAUAAACUGAUGGAAAGAAUAUCAUUGUUAGAGAAAGAAAACAAAGAGUUAAAGGAAUUGGUGGGAUAUCAAGCAGCAAGAAUUUCAGAGAUGGAAUCCCAUUCUUCGUAAAAUCAUCUGACAACAGCUUUUGAAACAGUUAUUUCAACCGUUAUUAUAGACAGUUCAAAAAUCUUUGUCUUCUAACAUGUAUUAUCCCAGUGAAAAAGUAUGUUCAAAUUGUUCAUUCAGUACAUAUGAAUCUCUCUUAAUCUUCAUUGAGCAGCCAGGUGCUAUGAUGUUGAUCCUUAAUUAUCAAAAAUAGUUAAUACAAUAGGCUACUUAUCAAGCAAAAUGAAAAAUGAAAUGAGUUAAAUUUGCUGUCUGUCCUAGUUGCAGAGGGGUGUCAUAUAAGGAGAGGGGAAAGUAACAAAAGGAGUAAGUUCGGUAAGGGUAAUAAAAGACUUGUGAAAAAGUUAAAUAGUACUAUUUUUGUUGGUUUUAUUUAUAAGCAUUGAUUUUUACAACCCAAAUAGGUCAAAAAUAGAGAUUUUUUCGAAAUGUGACAAAAUAGUCCAAAUUUUAGCCAAAUUUAUGCCUAGGAAACAUAGAGCACAAACAUAGACAAACUAAAUACUCAAGUCAGAUAGGUAAAAUGUCAUAACAAACAUUAUAUUAAAAAAUCUACUUUGUUGAUACAUGAGCUCUAUGUUGAAAUACCUGUCCAAAAAAUUAAUGUAAAUUUACCCAUUUUCAUUGAAUUUUCAUGGAAAAUCAAAAUGAGUCUUAUUUGUGACGUCAUGAAUAAAACACAAAGUACUUAAAUAUUUAACAAAAAGUCAUAUUUCCUGUCUAGUCAUUGUGUUUACUAUGCUUCAUUGUGAUAUUGGUCAAUAAACCCUUAUUAGAAAUUUCAACCACAAAUAGGGGCUUUUUUAGGGCCUUAUCUAACCUACUCCUUUGUCUUAUACACUUUCAACACAGGAAUUUAUUGCUGUGAUAAAAGUUAUUUUUAAUUUAUUUUUGUGUAAACUUGGCAGACUUUGAAAGGAUGUAUUUAUAGAACGUUUUUGUCUGUGUAAGAAUUCAUAAUCGCAAUGUCACAAAAUGGGCUUUAUCAAUAUGUACAUUUUCAGUUUUCAUGACCUUGUCCAAUGAAUACUGUAUGUUGACCUCUAUUUUAUUUUUCAUAUUUUUGACCUUGUCCAUUGAAUAUUGUAUGUUGACCUUUAAAUUUUCAUGGUUUUGACCUUGUCCAAUGAUUUAUGUAUGUUGACCUUGUCCAAUGAAUAAUGUACGUUGACCUCUUAUCUUUUUUCUUGUUUUUGACCUUGUCCAAUGAAUACAGUUUGUUGACCUCUAUCUGUCUUUUUUCCAUGUUUUUAGGUUGCUAUGUCAUUGAUGUAUUUCCCACAUCUCUAUUUUUUCAUAUCCCAUGAGCCUCUAAUGUUUUUCUGUGAUCUAGGAAUUGUCAUUAGUUAUUAUCUAGUAUGUUAGAAUAAAACAUCUCUCUGAUUAAUUUGUUGUAACUUCAGUUUCAUUAUUGCUCAUGAUCAAUUUUGAAUAAAAAAGUAUUAACUAUUUAACAAGGCAGAAUCCAGGAUAAGAUUUAUCUUGAAUCCCAUUGUUGAAUUUUUCAAACUAAUGGAUGCAUAAAAUUCUUUAAUAUACGUCCAUUUGUCAUAACAAAAAUACUUCACUCUUGGGGUAUGAAAACUAUGAAACUCUAAGAAUAAUUAAGAGAACUUUAAUGAGAAAAACAUUAGUUUUAUACUCAAAGGAUUUGUUUUCAUUUUUUUUAUAUAUACAAACUUUGUGUUGAUAAAAAAUUAUAGGUGAAUAUUUGUUUGUUAAAAUUGUUCUUAUGAAAAAGAUGAUUGUACGUUUAUUUCUCAUUUUUUUUUACUGUCAUAGAAAUGAAUUUUAGUUUUGUCCUUGAAAGUGAGGUGAUGGAACAUUUUAGACUUGAGUGACACAAUUGUUUUACAUUGUGUAGGGUACAGUUUUUAUUAGCUCACCUGGCAAAUAAGGCAAUGUCAGCUAUUAGCCAUUACAUAGUAUCCAUCAUCAUUUGUCAUCUGAAAACUUUUCACAUUUUCAUUUUUUUCUUUGAAACUAUAUGUCCAAUUUUAACCAAAGUUGGCAAGAAUGAUGUAUGGAAGGUUUCCUACAAAUGGUCCUCCAAUAAUUCCAUUUCAAUGAAUCACAUGACCAGGAGAGGUCAUCUUUCAAUCUGAUUGGAAAUUUUCAAAAUCUGCCGUUCUUUAAAAUCAUCUCCUGAAACUUUUAAGACGAAUUCUUUUUAAUUUGUUUAAAACACAUCUAACUAAAAAUAAAUUUGUUAGAAAUGAUCUUCUCUGUAGCUAAUAAGCAUAAAAUUUGCUAGUUGAAUGAUUUAGCUUCUAGCUAAAAUAUUUAUGUACUUUACCAAAUAUUUAAAACAAAAAUUGAAAUUAUAUUUUUUUCAGGAAUAUAAUUUGAAAAGUUAAUAUAUGGACAACAAGGGAAUAGUCUGUUAAUACAUCAUGCAAUUGCUGAAGUUAUUUGUGUAAUGAAUUUGAAAGUAGCGUAAUAUAAGGCAUGCAGUAAUGAUUUGUUGUCGUAAUUGUUUUCUAUAACUGGGUGAUCUCAUGCAAGAGUGGUGACUCAGUGCACAGUUUUUGCAAUGACAGAAAAGAUGAAAAUAAAAACAAAAAUGAUGAUGUGGCUUUCCGAAAGACAAAUUAAUAAAUCAGUUUUUGCAAUUCUUUUGGUCCAUUUGAUAUAAUAAUAAUUUGUGGCUUUCUUGUGGUAUAAUAAUCAUGAAGACCACAACCAGUUAACCAUGGCAUGUCCAUAAUUUCAUUCAACUUGUCAUAGAAAUAUUGCUAUUUAUGUAAAAGUGUUAUUACUUAUCAGAUAAAGUUGCAUGUUUUGACAAUUAAAACCAAUACCAUGUGUUGUGUAUCAAUUUAAAGCAUUUUAUGGCUGUGGACAACAAUGUACUGAUUUUAUUUUUUACUUUGUUUUAGAUUUGAAACACAGGUCUUAAUUCUCAUCUAUCCUCUGUCACUGAUGUGAACUGUUAUGGAUAAGAGAGACAAUGUAAUCAUUAUUUAUCUUUAGUUUUCUUUGUAAUGUUUUGUGAUUGCUGUUAGUUUUUUCAUGCUUUUUACCCCCCCCCCCCCCCUUACCAAUGAUUUUAUUCAACCCCAUUCCCCCUAGUUUCAUCUUUCUUCUUUUUACAUGAUGUAUGGCUGACUUGAUUUUUUCUUAUUGACAAAAUAAGAGUGUGUUGUCAUUUAUAGUUAAUUUUACAGAGUGAAGUUUACUGAAACAAGCUUUUUUGCUUAUUUCAAAAGCAAACAUUUUUUUUUUAAACUCUUGUUUCAAUCUAAUUAGACUUAGCCAUAUUCUAUAUUAUUAAAGACAUGUGACAUAUCAUGCUAUGCAUUUGCUAUUUUAUAUUGGAAAAAGAUUUGAUAUUUGUCUCUUCAAAAGUUUUAUUUCUUUGUUAUUAUACAUACAAGUAUUUCAUUAAAGUUUUAAUCAGAUCCUGGAAUGUGAUAUUUUUAUUUAUUUUGAAGUUUAUAUGAGAAAUUAAGCACGUUCUCAUUAUUUGUUUUAACAUGCAUGAAUAUUUAUAGAGCAAAAAUUAUGAAAUGAAUAGCUAUAAUAUUUUGUAAUUAAUAUAGCUAUUCUUUGUAGAUAAUACUUGUUUCAACCUUAAUAGCACUCGCUGUUUAAUUUUCAUGUUUAAUUAAAUUAAUAACAUAGCUGGCUUUUUGCCUGCUAUUCUUUGAGAGUGUCUUUAUGCAGUAAAACUAAGAUUUAUAGAUUUUUAUAUUAAUUCUUCUGAUGUGAAUCACUAAUAAAUUUUCUGCUUAUUACUAAAUAGAUUUUAUCCUCAUCAAAAUAGUUACAGAGUUUUAGAUCUAUGUUUUAAGGCUGUGCAAUAUUUAUAAUUUGUAGUUUUGGUCUUUUUUUACCUCUAUAAAUAUAGUUUUUUUUUGUUAAUCAAUUUUUUUUUACAAAACAUGAUAGAUUUGGAUUUUUAAAAUCUUUGAAACAGACAAACUAGAUUUUUCUGACGCUUUGACAUAAUUUCUCAGAAUAAAAACGUUAGCAUAUUUAUUAACUUGUGAUGAUGGUACUCACCGAAUUAUUGGGAACAGUACAUAACAUCGUAUCUUUUGUUGUCAAAGUUAAAUGAUUUGAAGUUGUUUGUGCUUGGAGUCAAUAUUGGCCUUUUGAACUUUCUUGAUUCGAGCGUCACUGAUGAGUCUUUUUAUAGGAAAAAACGCACGUCUGGCACAAACUUUUAAUCCUGGUUUCUAUGAUGAAUUUAUUGUUAACAGUAUUUUAGGAUUGAUUCAUUUUGAAAACAUAAAACUACUUGUUUAAUGAAGGGUAAUAAAAAUCAUUUUUAUUCUCUAUCAACAACCCAUUUAGGUCAAAAUAUUGGACUAUCUUUUAGCGCUUAUUGUUAUAAGAUUAUUUUUUUUAAGGUUUUCCAUGUUUUUCUUUUUAGAUUAUGUCAUUGUGACUUUGAUCAGUUUUUAUUUUAGAUUUUUAUUUUUAUUUUAUUCUUACAAACACUUGCAACAUUUCUUUUAACAUGAAACAAACUGGGUUUAUUGACGUCAAUAAAUCAUUCUGUAAUUUUGCUAGAAUAAGAUCAUCAUUGUCAAUAAUAAAUAUGACAUUCUACUAUUAUACUGCAUUGGAACUCAGAUCAUACUAUCAUAAGAGCUCAAAGGAGUAUUUUCUCAAUACCUUCUUACUUGUAAUAAGCACCUUCCCCAUAAUUGUAUGUUUAAGAGUUCAUUUAUUAUGUACAAGGAUCUUCUGAUCUUUUUCUAAAAUGGAAAGAUGUGUUAAUGAUAGUUCCCUAAUUCGCUUUAAUGAUAAUUUGUAGAUCUGCUUUAAGAAUUAUGGUUGAUGACCUAAGGGAGCUACCAUUUGAUUUUUAUGGGGGGGGGGGGGGGGGGGGAGCUAGGAUGAAAAAUUUUGUCCUGCAUUUUUUUUAGUUUUAGUUGUAAUCUCUGUCCUGCCUUUUUAUUUUUCACUCUAUUCGGUCCUGCAUUUUUUUUUUAUUAGUUUAUCUUGACUUUUUGUACAUAAACUGUCAUCCAGCCUUUUUUUUUUUGGAAAAGUGUCUCAUCCUGCCUUUUUUUUUUCUCAAAACUCCUGUCCCCCCCCCCCCCCCCCCCAUAAGAAUCAAAUGGUAGCUCCCUUAUCGCCAUCACAAAUAGUUGUAAGUAAGGAUUUAUGUAGUAGCAUAAUUACAAAGGAUAGAGACUUGAUUAUUUAAAGAGAAACCCCCUUACCCUUUUUUUGAAACCUGUAAGUUAUUAACUAUGAAGCAAAGAAAAGACGGCCUGUUACAAAGGGCAGUUAACUCUUUCUUUUUUUUUAAGAAAAAUAGGAUAGCUAGAAGAUAACAGAUAAAUUUAAAAUAAUGUACAAAACUGAGAAAAAAAAUCUUGCAAAAUAUUGUAUGAAAAUGAAUUAAGCCACACAAAAAAAUUUUUUCCUUUAGCUUUUCAUGUUACAGGUUAUUAUUUUUUUAUCAGGUUGGCUGAAUGGGGAUGGUGGGUGGGUGUUGGAUGGGCGGGGAAAAGUGGGCACCUAAUUUGUGUAAUCAACUCCUACAAUAUUAAACCCAGAUCCCUAAAACUUUACAGGAAUGUUGCAUAUACAUGUAUGUUGAAGUUGUGCACCUGUUUUUAUUGAUUUGUUUGAGGAACUUUUACAUUUCAUAUUUCAAAUAUUUAAAUAUUCAGUAUAAAGUAUUCUCCAUUGUUUAAGAAACAUUCUGCUCAGUCUGAGUCUUUGAUCUUUUUUUUGUUGAAAUGUACUGGUUUUAUUAUACAAUGUACUCAUGAAACGUCAAAUUGUUAAACCUAUAUGUAAGACAAAAUAAAGAUUUCCUGACCCUUAAAAGAUCUUAAAAACAAGUACCAAUACUGCACUAUAAUGUAUCUCCUACAUCUAUAAAAGAAAAAAAACAUAAAAGUUGGAAUUCCACCCACUUGAACCAUUUUUAUCUUAAAAUAAAUCUGAAGAACAAAACAUUAUGUUCCUAUUAAUUGGUCUAAUAGAAAAGAAAUUUUCACUAUUAAUUGUAGGUAAAUAGAUAACAAAAAUUUGAGCUAUGUCAUCAAAUAUUGGCGAAAACCUAAUUACCGAAACAAUUACCGCUAGAGAAUGCCAGACUAUUUGGUACAAUAUUGAUAGAGAAAAAGUAUAUCGUUUAGUAUAAUCUUGGUAUCUAUAUGUACUAAUUUUUUUUCCCCCAUCAGCUUUUUAUAUUAUACCCCAUUCCAGGGGCUAUAUUGCAUUCACCCUGUCGGUCAGUUCCUCAAACAAAUUGUUUUGUCACACUUUUCUCACCUAGUAAUGAACAGAAUGACUUCUAUUUGGUCAGCAACUUGACAGUGAUUAGUUAUUACCUGAGAUUAGUUUUUAGAUCUGUUGCACACUUACUUCCUGUUUUCCCAUACUGUGACUUAUGAAUGAUGGUAUUUUUCGCAUAAAAAUACAGGCAACUUCUUGUUUCAAUUGCUUUUAUACAGCAUCAAAUUACCACCAUUUUUGUCGAGCCUGCAACUUUUGUCGCAGAAAGCUCGACAUAGGGAUAGCGAUCUGGCGGCGGCGGCGGCUACGGCGGCGGCGGCGUUAGCUAACUUCUUAAAAGCUUUAUAUUUUAGAAGAUGGAAGACCUGGAUGCUUCAUACUUUGUAUAUGGAUGCCUCAUGUUACGAAGUUUCCGUCAGUCACAUGUCCAAUGUCCUUGACCUCAUUUUCAUGGUUCAGUGACUACUUGAAAAAAAAAUUCAUAUUUUUUGUAAUGUUAAAUUCUCUCUUAUUAUAAGUAAUAGGAUAACUAUAUUUGGUAUGUGCGUACCUUGCAAGGUCCUCAUGCCCGUCAGACAGUUUUCACUUGACCUCGACCUCAUUUCAUGGAUCAGUGAACAAGGUUAAGUUUUCGUGGUCAAGUCCAUAUCUCAGAUACUAUAAGCAAUAGGUCUAGUAUAUUCGGUGUAUGGAAGGACUGUAAGGUGUACAUGUCCAACUGGCAGGUGUCAUCUGACCUUGACCUCAUUUUCAUGGUUCAGUGGUUAUAGUUAAGUUUUUGUGUUUUGGUCUGUUUUUCUUAUACUGUAUGCAAUAGGUCUACUAUAUUUGGUGUAUGGAAUGAUUGUAAGGUCUACAUGUCUAGCUGGCAGGUGUCAUCUGACCUUGACCUCAUUUUCAUGGUUCAGUGGUCAAAGUUAAGUUUUUGAGUUUUGGUCUUUUUUCUAAUACUGCAUGCAAUAGGUCAGCUAUAUUUGGUGUAUGGAAUGAUUGUAAGGUGUACAUGUCUAACUGGCAGGUGUCAUCUUACCUUGACCUCAUUUUCAUGGUUCAGUGGUCAAAGUUAAGUUUUUGAGUUUUGGUCUUUUUUUCUAAUACUAUAUGCAAUAGUUCAACUAUAUUUGGUGUAUGGAAAUAUUUUAUGAUCUAUAUGUCAGUCACGAAGUUUUUGUUUGACCUUGACCUCAUUUUCAAGGUUCAUUGCUCAGUGUUAAGUUUUUGUGUUUUGGUCUGUUUUUCUUAAACUAUAAGCAAUAGGUCAACUAUAUUUGUUGUAUGGAAGAAUUGUUAGCUGUACAUGCCUGCCUAGCAUGGUUCAUCUGACCUUGACCUCAUUUUCAUGGUUCAUUGGUCAAUGUUUAGUUUACUUGGUUAAUGUUAAGUUUAUGUGACAGUUGUAAUAAAGCUUUAUAUUUAGGACUAUCAACAUAAUAUCAAUGAUUAGUAAAGAAGGCGAGACAUUUCAGCGUGUGCACUCUUGUUACAUUUUUUAUCAGUUUUAUUUGUUAUAUAAAAUUGUGAUUUCACAAUUUUAUAAGAUGUUUGUUACUUAGAAUUAUUCUUUAGAUUUCUUGUAUUGGAGUUUUUAUCUUGUUGAAAUGUCAAUUCUGUUCUUGAUAGAUUUCUGUAAUAUUGUACAUUAUUGAAUUGUGAUAUGAACAUUUUAUUUGUUUUCUUAUUUAUUUUGUUGACCAAAUAAAUCAUAAACUUUAA